AUGGGUUGCACAUCAUCCAGCGCAAUUCAAGAACCUCCAAAGGCACAACCAAAGCCAGCUCAACCAAAGAAACAAAUAAAUAGAGAUAUGCUUGUAGUUUCAAAUAAGAAAGGAGAGGAAAUUAGAAGGAAUACAGGUGAUAUAGAUGGAAAUCAAUUCCAAGCUGAUAACUUAGAAAAUUGUCAAAUAAUAAUCAAUGAUUUUGUAGAUUCAAUUACAAUUGACCAAUGUUACAAUUGCAAAUUUGCUAUCUCUGCAGUUAAGGGUUCAAUAUUUAUGCGUGAUUGCCAAGAAUGCAAAGUAACCAUUAAUUGCGGUCAGUUUAGAUGCAGAAACUGCACCGACUGUGAUUUCUUCGUUCAUUCUAGGACAAGUCCUGUAAUUGAAGCAUCAAGUAAGCUUAGAAUUGGCUGUGGUACAUAUUCAUAUGAAGGAGUACUUGAUCAUCUUGCAAAAGCUCAAAUUGAUCCUUAUGCAAAUUGUUUUGAUGAUGUCCAUGAUUUUACACAAAACAAAGGCAACUUUGAGCUUGUUCCUGGCCAAAAACUCAACCUUGAUAUCGCAGGAGAACCAAAAUACAUUCCUUUCUUCUGGCCUAUGAUGCCUGGCAUUACACCCGUUACAAAAAGAAUCAACGAGUCAAAAUACUUUGAACUCGUCCAAAUUUCACUUGAUGAUGGUGUUAAAUUGGUCUCAUUAAAGAAAGAAGGAAAUAUCCUUGUUGCUUCAUUCGACGGCACUGAAAGUGAUGUAUCUGCAAAGUUGGCUUCAAUAUUAUAA